GUAAAAUCAGGCUGGGGAAUAUGAGAGGUUGAAAAGUCCGCGCAAUUGCGCACUUUGCCCAAAUAUCCCAAGUCUAGGUUUUCUUCUUUUGGCAAUUUCUCUUUUUCAUUCAAUCUCCAUUUUUACAGUUACGCUACUCCAUUAAACACUGCCUUUCCAAUCUCACGCGCUUACCGUUUGAAAGAGGAAGUGCAUACACCUUUUUCGUACCCCGGUUGCUGUUACACAAUUGGUAACUAUGCAGCAUUUGCGUCAUGUUUAUGACAGCAAAUGGUUGAGAACAGUUACAGUGGGAUACUUUGACACACUCGACAACUGCUGUUCUACCAAGCACCUGAACUGGACAUAUGACAACUUCGUCAGUUUUCCAAAGCAACAUGGUUAUCGAAUCGAUGAAAAUUACAGACUGCAAGAGUCUGGACAGCUUAGCAGCUGUAUCGAUCUCGAACGCCCCGCACUUGAUCAGGCUUGGCUAUUUUUUCAACUCAUCUACUGUGUUGUUCGUAAUGAAAAGCAGCCAUUCUUGGCUCGCAAUAAGCUUGUUUCUGAGGGUAAACUCGACACGACAAAACUACCCGGCGCAUUAAAUAAAUGGCACGAUCAUAUGCAAGACUUGCACAAGAAAGACCCAGGAGCCGCCAUUAUGAGAUUCCUUGAAGCAAACCAAAUAUUGGAGCUUGCCAAGCAAGUAGUCCUGGCAAACUUGGCUGAAAGCUCACCAUCCAUGCUCGUGCCACAGCCUGCCAAGAGAUAUGAGAGAGGGAGUCGGGCAACUGAGCUUUCUGACGAGCGAAACCUCUGUAUAAUGAUCUUAGGGGAGACAGUUUCUGCUGUUCUAACAAGAAUGAUGAGGACCUGCAAUGUCAAUCUUCCAGGCUGGGAACUCGAUGAUGGAGGAGGUUGGGGACCGCCAGCAUAUGUGUCCAGGAUGAUGUUCAACGAUGGCUGGUGCCCAAGAUCUCAAGCGACAGUCAAAGGGCAGCUCAGUCGGAACGCGACCCUACUAUAUGUUACAGUACUGGCGCAUGAAAAGAACCGCCAUAAUCGCCAUCAUAACUAUCGACAUGGCCAGCGGUGCACCCCUUCAAAAUGCGAAUUUAUUGAAGCUGCAGACAGCCCUCUUGACAGCAACGGAGCUCUAACUCCGGAAUACAAGCCAUCGCAUUCCCUGUCCUGCAGUGCUACGGACUCCGUAGACGACAAGGACUGCGGUAUGAUUGGCCCAAACGAAGAUGACGUUUUGGACGUCCUCGAACGAAGCAAUCAUCCAAGAACUGGCGUCUUCCCAUUAAUAAGGAUAUUCGAGGACAAGGAAACCAAGAAUCUUGAGAUCAAAGUGGAGGAAUGGAAAGACGGGACACCUUUUGCGACAAUAUCCCAUGUCUGGUCACAGGGACUAGGAAACAGGAGUAAACGAGAAAUCCACGUCUGUCAGUUAAGGGCUAUUAAGAACCUGUUGAAACAGGUUUUUGGUGAACGAGAAUCUUAUCUCUUUUGGCUCGAUACAUUUGCCAUCCCGCAGCGCGGUAAGGGUGAUACAAGACAUGCUGAGUUGAAACGAAAGGCCAUUGGUCUCAUUCACCACAUAUUCAACAACGCUCAGCAUUGUAUCAUACUUGAUCGCUAUCUCAUGAUGGAUGGAAGGGCCUUUGACUACAACUGUCGUACUAUUGGAGCCGAGAUACUCGCCAGUGGAUGGAUGAUGCGACUAUGGACACUCCAAGAGGCUUUCGUAAGCGACCAAUUGCAUCUCGCACUGGGGGGUCACGACGUGUAUGACAAAAAGCCUCCAAAUUUGAACAAAUUCUGGAGAGAAGCCAAUGACCAAGAUACACUGAGGAGCUCAAUGACAGAGAUUAUGAGGGGCAAGGUGGAACACAACUUGAUGAAAACGGGACCAAGAAAGGCAUUGGCACAGGAAAGCACUUCUGAGCGUGCUUUGCUGGUCGCAAGUGCAUGGAGAGCGGUUCGAUAUCGGACCACCAGAACCCCGGGGGAAGAGACCUUGGCACUAUCUAGUUUGCUUGAUAUCCCCAUUCCAAAAGACGAUGAAAGCUCAGUGCUGUCCCCAUCGCGAGAAGAAGAUCGCGAGAAACUAAUGGAAAGAUUCUGGAAAGCAGUUGGCGAGGAUGGUGCUUUCGGAGAGUCAAUCCCUCCUGGGAUAAUCUUCUUGCCCGGAAAAAGAUUGUCUUCGGAAGGAUACAGAUGGGCUCCCUUCACAUGGAUGUCUGGCGAAAUGGAAGCAUACCCGUUCCCCUUAGACAACCCAAAGCAUCCUACUAAACUCAUCUCCAAGGGACUCGUCGUUCAACUUCCGGGAUUUCUUCUCUACCCAACCCGAGAUAAGCUCUGUGAUAUAAUCUCAACCGGCAACAGAAGUUCUUUCAAAUUCUCUGUUGGAAGGGGACUGGACGAAUGGUACCAAGUCGCCGCCGCGAGAAGGAGAAGCCAACAAAACGACAUUUCACCUCCUUUAGAGAAUGGGAAUCACGACCUACACCCAGUUGCGCUAGAGCUAAAGAAAAGAAUUGACUUGGACAAGCCUCUGAAGAUCGGCAUUAUUCUUUCUCGGCCACGGCCUGUUGAAGUGCAAGGGGAGAUCGGACUCCUGGUCGAGAUAUGUGACAGUAAGGACCGCUGUCCGAUAUCUGGUGGAGAUAAAUCACUCCUCACCUGCAAGAUAAUUCGACGUAUAGAGGUCUCACGGCUCUCAAUAGGUGCUGCCGAGAUUUCUCCAUGGAAGACGGGGGCUCAAGAGGCACCCGGGUAUGAUCCCAUAUUAAGCAGAUAUGAGAAGUUCAAGCGAGAAAAGGUCGCGGGGGUGCAAGUAGGCGACACUCAGAGCUGGUGUGUCGACGGAUUUCCUCGCAAAACCCCGACUGCUGCUGGUAUAAAGAGGAGCCAGACUGACGUUCUCACCUCGCGUCAACCUAGAGACAUCUUGGGAAAGCUGAAAAGGGUCAUGACCAGCGGCUCGAGAUUUGAAAGUGCAGAUUUAUAAACCAGACAUCUAUAGGAUUUAAUACUAGUUAAUUCGGACAAUCUGUCAUUCUGGUGGACAGAUAUAUCAGGAAAGGCCUCAUAAACCAGCCUGUCACCUUCAAAAC